CCUCCCCGCCACGGCCCUCAGUGAUGAAAGCAGCAGCGCAGAGUCCGUCACCCCCGGGCUCUCUAGAGCCGUCAAGAGGGCCAAAGCCGCCAAGGCACCGGCCAAGCCGAGACGCUUCGUCACAGAUGUCGCCUGCAACAAUUGUCGGCGGAGGAAAUCCAAGGUGAAUGAAGACGAACUGGACUUUUACUCGCCGAGCCGAUGAAUUUAAGGGCUCACUAACGCCGUCCUCCGUCUAGUGCAACAGUGCCAGGCCCGCCUGUGGGCAUUGUCUGAAGAGACAGGUCGCGUGCAUCUAUAUCGAUGACAGGAACGCCGUCGUUGCCGUAGACCUCAAGCGGAAGCAUGAGCCCCUCGAAAUGGAAAACGCCAGAUACCAUGAACUCUUCAUGCUUUUGCGCAGCAAGCCCAUGGGAGAAGCAGACGAGAUCUUCCGCCGCAUCAGGGCGUCGAGCGAGCCCCUGGAUGUUCUUGACGCCAUCAAGCACGCCCAGUUAUUGCUUCCAAAUCCAGGAUCUAACGAGAGGUUGGGUAAUUCACAGCUGACGAGACUCGACAAUAAUUGCCUCCACAACAGUCCCAUCAAGGUCCACGCCCGUCCGUGGACCACUGUUGUUGACGAUGGCCUCGUAUCAGAUCUCAUCACGAAUCUCUUCCUCUGGGACGGCAUAUAUGCCUUCCCAUCGCUUGUUCUUGACGCCUUCCUAGAGGACAUGGCGGCUGGCGAUAUUGAAAAGGCUAAAUGGUGUUCACCUCUGCUGGUCAACGCUAUUUGUGCCCUGCGAUGUAACUACUCGGAACGAGCCAAGCUCUUUGCUGCGAAGACGCAACAAAACUUGUGUGAUCGAUUUCUUGAGGAAGCCAAGGGUUUUCUCGGCCGCGAAAAUGGUCGUCCUUCCAUCCCGACUGUCCAGGCCCUCGUCUUCAUGUAUCUUGCCACAGCCGUUGCAGGGAGAGACAGAGCCGCGCGAGUUUAUCGCUUCACUGCAUUCACGAUGUUACGGCGUCUACGACUCGAACAGAAGUUUCAUAGCCUCGACGACAGCAAUGCUGUAGAUGCCAAAGAAAGACGAGUCAUAUCUUGUGCACUCUGGGGGCUUUUUACCAUCGAGAGCCGCAUAGCUCUCUUCUACUCCCAGCCGUCCAUUCUACCUCCGCCAAACAUCCCCAAGUUGUUAGAUGGCUACAAGACCAUGACUGUCGAACACCUGGGCAAUGUCGACGUCCUAGGUCAGCCUCUCCAGGAAUCAACAUACCAGGUACCUGUUGUUACAGGAAUAGGGAUCCUUAGUUGCGAGGUGGCUGAACUAUGGAAUGAAGUGAUGUAUCAUAUCACUUCUACCGAAACCAUCAAAGGCAGUGACGCAGACAUUCGCAUACGCAGAACUUUCUAUUCGAGACUGAGACGAUUUAGAGAAGAGCUACCUAUGAGGUUUCUCUGUGACACGAAUUUGACGCCGUCCACUUGCUUCUUGAGAAUGCACGAAAACGAAGUUAUAUACACUAUCCUUCAGCAUCUCCCUGCCGAUGCGCUAUUCGAGACUCAGUACCACCAUCCCAACUCUACUGUUAAGGAUGUGUUGCUACAAACCUGCCGAGACGAUACCACACUUGCAGAAGUAUACCUUCGAAAGUGGCCAUUCAACCCCAUGAUAACGCGGUCCAUCAACUUGACCAUGUACAACCUCAUCCCCGUUCUUGAAGACCCGGAAACCCAUGAUCUCUUCACCAGAGAAUGCAUAAUGGCCCGCAUGUCCGCUCGCGCGUCGAAGCUUGGCGCACACCUGCUCCAGGCCGUACAGGCGCUUGCCUGGGCUAUGAAGAAGCCGAUCCCUGUAGCUGCCCGCCCGUAUCUCGAGGAUUGGGGCCCGGAAGCUGUCGAAAAAGACCUGCCCAUUGCCUUUGUAUUGCCUCAGCUAGAGGAUAUCAAGGGCAUAUUGCAGUCUGAUAAUGAGGCCGACGCGGCAGGGGUUGAAGACCAACUUGGCUUCUUGAUUGAAAAAUGGUCAAUGAUGUAGCUCUCGAAGCAAGAUCCCUGGCGGGGCCUUGUUCAGGGGUUGGCUCCAUUCUUUGGACCCCAUGUUAUUGUCAACGUCCCAGUUCCUGUAUUUCUAUCUACCUGUACCAUAAUUGU